CCCUCGCCUGCUGGGUGUGGCUCCCCCUGCCCCAGAGGCGGACGGCCAAGCCGCAGAGAGCUCUGUACCACACUCAGGUCUGGACGGACAGCCUGACAGAACAGAGGCGCCUCUCAGCCCACAGGCACGGUCUGUCCCUCUGGGAAGAUACAGAUGCUCAGGAUGCUGGUCGCCACGUUGGGCACUUGCCUGGGCCUGCUCGCAGCAGCUGCAGCAGCCACAAGUGCUAACCCGGCCCAGCUAGAUACCUCCAGCAUGAUGUCCUCCCACCGGCGCCAGAAGAGAGACUGGAUUUGGAACCAGAUGCAUAUUGAUGAAGAGAAAAACACCUUGCUUCCCCAUUAUGUGGGCAAGAUCAAGUCAAGCGCGAACAGCAAGAACGCCAAGUACCUACUCAGAGGAGAUUCGGCCGGCAAGGUCUUCCGAGUCGAUGAGAAAACGGGGGACGUGUAUGCCUUUGAGAGGCUGGACCGGGAGAAGAUCUCUGAGUACCACCUCGUUGCCCUUAUUGUGGACAAGAACACCAAUAAGAACCUGGAGCCUCCUUCCAGCUUCACCAUCAAAGUCCAUGAUGUGGAUGACAACUUGCCUGUGUUCACGCGCCAAUUAUUCAAUGCGUCUGUGCCUGAGAUGUCGCCUGCGGGAACCUCAGUCAUUCGUGUGACAGCAGUGGACGCAGAUGACCCCACGGUGGCAGACCACACCACUGUCAUGUAUCACAUCCGGAAAGGAGACGACAAAUUUAGCAUCAAUGAUUUCGGAGUCAUUUCCACGAAAACUGCACAUUUGGACCGAGAGACACAGGCCAAAUACGAGAUAGUGGUGGAGGCACGAGAUGCCCAGGGCAAGCAGGGGGAGUCGGGCACGGCCACCGUGCUGGUCACUCUGCAAGACGUCAACGACAACUUCCCCAUCUUCACCCAGGCCAAGUACACAUUUGCCGUGCCUGAAGACAUCCGCGUGGGCAGCCCCCUGGGCUCAGUGUUUGUUGAGGACCCAGACGAGCCCCAGAAUCGGAUGACCAAGUACAGCAUCGUGCAGGGCGAGUACAGGGACACCUUCACCAUCGAGACGGACCCCACCCGCAAUGAGGGCAUCAUUAAGCCCAUAAAGCCCCUAGACUAUGAGCGUAUCCGACAGUACAGCUUCACCGUCGAGGCCACAGACCCCACCAUCAACCUCCGCUACCUGAGCAGCAGCACCGCCAGAAACAUCACCCGCAUCAUCAUCAGCGUUACGGACGUGGACGAGCCUCCCGUUUUCCAGCAGCCCUUCUACCACUUUCAGCUGCGGGAGAACCAGAAGAAACCUCUGAUCGGCUUGGUGCUAGCCACGGACCCAGACGCGGCCCGGCACAGCAUUGGAUACUCCAUCCGAAGGACCAGUGACAAGGGCCAGUUCUUCAGAAUAACCAAACAGGGUAACAUUUACAAUGAGAAAGAAUUGGACAGAGAAAUCUACCCCUGGUAUAACCUGACUGUGGAGGCCAAAGAACUGGAUUCUAGUGGGAACCCCACGGACAAGGAAUCCAUUGUGCAGGUCCACAUUGAAGUCCUGGAUGAGAACGACAAUGCCCCAGAGUUUGCCCAGCCCUAUGAGCCAAAAGUGUGUGAGCAUGCUGCCCCAGGCCAGCUGGUCGUGCGGAUCUCAGCAAUAGACAAGGAUAUAACGCCACAAGAUGUGAGGUUCAGAUUCUCCUUGAGCACUGAAGACAGCAACUUCACCCUCAUGGAUAAUCGGGACAACACGGCCAACAUCACGGUCAAGUAUGGGCAGUUUGACCGGGAGCGCGUCAAGGUCCACUUCCUGCCUGUGCUCAUCUCGGACAACGGGAGGCCCAGCCUCACAGGCACCAAUACGUUGGCCGUGGCGGUGUGCAAGUGCAAUGAGCGCGGCGAGUUCACCUUCUGUGAGGAGGUGGCACCCCAGGUGGGCGUCAGCAUCCAGGCGCUGGUAGCCAUCUUCCUCUGCAUCCUCACCAUCAUGGUGAUCACCCUCCUCAUCUUCCUGCGCCGGCGGCUCCGGAAGGAGGCCUGUGCCCACGGCAAGAGCGUGCCUGAGAUCCACGAGCAGCUGGUCACCUAUGAUGAGGAGGGCGGCGGCGAGAUGGACACCACCAGCUACGACGUGUCAGUGCUCAACUCCGUGCGCCGGGGCGGGGCCCAGCCCCCGCGCACGCCGGACACGCGGCCGCCGCAGUACGCGCAGGUGCAGAAGCCACCGCGGCGCGGGCCGGGCGUGCACAGCGCGCCCGGCGAGAUGGCGGCCAUGAUCGAGGUGAAGAAGGACGAGGCGGACCGCGACGGCGGCGGGCCCCCAUAUGACACGCUGCACAUUUACGGCUACGAGGGCGCCGAGUCCAUCGCCGAAUCGCUCAGCUCCCUGGGAACCGACUCGUCUGCCUCGGACAUCGACUACGACUUCCUCAACGACUGGGGACCCCGGUUCAAGAUGCUGGCCGAGCUGUACAGCUCGGACCCCCGGGAGGAACUGCUGUAUUAGGGGGGCUGGCCUUCCGGGCCUGGGGACCCAAACGGCCGCAGCC